GAGACCCCCGCUCCCAUGGCCGGGCCCGGGAAGCCCACUGCUGGGGAGGCCCAGGAGGAGAAGGAAGUGGAAGAUGGGGACUCCCUGAGGCCCAGGGCAGAGACGCUGAAGCAGGCCCAGGAACUGUUCCUGCUGUGUGACAAGGACGCCAAGGGCUUCAUCACCCGGCACGACCUGCAGGGUCUGCACAGUGACCUGCGCCUCACGCCUGAACAGCUAGAGGCUGUGUUUGAAAGCCUGGAUCAGGCCCACACAGGCUUCCUCACUGCUUGGGAGUUCUGCCUCGGCCUGGGGAAGUUUGUGGGGGUGGAGUCAGCCCAGGGCGCACUGCCCUCCCAGGCUCCAGAGGAAACCUUCGAGUCGGGCUGGUCAGAUGUGCAAGGCGCUGAGGGCUCCCUGGAGGAAGAGGAGGAGAGAUUCUGUGAAGCGCUGGAGCAGCUGGGGGUGGCCCCAGUCCUGGGCGAGCAGGGAGCGGUGCGGACGCUCUGGACCUGGCUGCAGAGGGAGCGACCCGAGCUGCUGGGCUCGUUCGAGGACGUUCUGAUGCGCGCGUCGGCCUGCCUGGAGGAGGCGGCCCGAGAGCGGGACAGCCUAGAGCAGGCGCUGCGGCUGAGGGUUGGGACCAGGGCAGGGCCUGGGGCCCAGGUGGCUGGACUUCGGGAGGCGGUNCCUCCCCAGCUUCGAUCCCCCCGUACUCCCCAGUUGGAACAGCAGCUGCAGGCCCAGGCCAGCGAGCAGCUGGAGGCGCAGGCGCAGAACACCCAGCUGUGGCUAGCCAACGAGGCGCUGAGAACUCAGCUGGAGGGGACGCAGGAGCAGCUCCGCAGACUGGAGGGCGACGUGCAGGGCCGCCGGGAGCAAACCCUACGAGAGGUGGUCGCGGUCUCGAGGAACAUGCAAAAAGAGAAGCUCAGCCUCCUGCGACAACUGGAGCUCCUCAGGGAGCUGAACACGCGGCUACGGGACCAGAGGGACGCCUGUGAGGCCAAGCGGCUGGGCAGCGGUCGAAGGAAAGCUCUGGCUGUGGCCCGCUUGCCGGGGGCCCCCUGCUGCUGUUGCUGCUGCUGCAGCUGGGCUCGCCCUCCAAGACGUGGCUCUGGCCACCUCCCCAGUGCCCACUGACCAUCCCCAAGAGCCUCCCUGGGUGUUACUUGGAGAAGCCGCCCCCGGAAGGCGGUGCAUCCAUCCAGCAUGUGGGCUCUAUUCAGUGGACUGCCUGGCCUGCCUGCCUGCAGACAUGAAGGAACUGACCUAGGCAUAGUCAGAGUCUCAUGAGCCUCCCUGCUGUGCUGGUCCUCAUCCUGUCCUUCCCAUCAAACCCACCUCUGACCAGCAGAAAAGCUCCCUCCUCCUAAUAAAGUCCAUUGCCUGCACUGUGACCUCCUCGGCCCCUAUGUACGGGAG